UCGGUUCUUUGGCAGAUGAAUCAUUUCGCUGUGAUUCGUGAGUCGUGUUGCCACAGACAACUAGCUACAGCGCAGGCGCGAACAACACACGCAUCAGCAACGUACCCGGGGACAUACAACGCAACAAACAAAGGAUUUUUCCAAAGAUUCUGGGGAAUGGCGGUGAAUGUGUACUCCACGUCUAUGACCAUAGAGAACAUGAGCAGACAUGACAUGCUCGCUUGGGUCAACGAUUCUCUGCAUCUUAGCUACACUAAAAUAGAGCAGCUCUGCUCAGGUGCAGCAUAUUGCCAGUUUAUGGACAUGCUGUUCCCUGGGUGUAUUCUUCUGAAGAAAGUGAAGUUCCAGGCCAAACUGGAGCAUGAGUACAUCCACAACUUCAAAGUGUUACAAGCAGCAUUCAAGAGAAUGAGCGUAGACAAGAUCAUCCCAGUUGAAAAGCUGGUGAAAGGAAGGUUCCAGGAUAAUUUCGAGUUCGUACAGUGGUUUAAGAAACUGUUCGACGCAAACUAUGACGGGAAAGAUUACGACCCUCAAGCAGCACGACAAGGCCAGGAGAUUUCCCCUACACCCAAUCCAGGACCCCAGAGGACCUCGCCAACAGUACCCAAAACCGUGCCAACCCCUCAGCGGCCAAUCAGCUCUGUCCCGACCAACCUCAAGCGGAGCACACCUAUAUUACGGAACGGAGUUAGCGAGGCAGAGAUUAUGGAGCUCAACCAGCAGCUGAUGGACCUGAAGGUGACAGUCGAUGGCCUGGAAAAGGAGAGAGACUUUUACUUCGGCAAACUUCGUGAUAUCGAGCUCCUCUGCCAGGAGAACGAGGGCGGAAACCCAGUUCUCGCAAAAAUCAUCGGCGUCCUCUACGCUACCGAGGAUGGUUUUGCUCCGCCUGAGGAUGAAGAAAUUGUUGAACCACCACAAGUCCAGGACGAGUACUAAACUCUACAAACAGGCUUUACACAUGCAUUCAUUUAACUUUCUUUUCCUGCUCGGUCUUUUCCUUCCCGGCUCUCACUCGUUCUCACCCCGAGCUUCAUUUUCACUUUUGAUGAUCUUGAUUUCUUACCUUUCAUUUACUCACUUUUUUUUUUGCCGUGUUCCUUUCUUAAGAAGCAGCAACCGAUCGACAUCGUAACCUUUAACACGUCGGUUGUGGUGCGUUGACUGACCGAGUGGCUCAUGUAGUUUUUGCUAAUGUAAUUGGAUCUAAAUACCAUUUGUACGCUUAAUGGUAGAAUUCGGGUUUUAUCCUCGCUAUAUACCAUUAGCCGUGGUAUUUAUUUUAUCGAGUGUAGAGUGUAGAGCAUUGCUACUCGGACUGAUUUGUUUUUUUUUUCUUUUUUUACACUAAUGCCAUGGCAUAUUAACAUGUGAACCAAAACAUUGUCUGAACAAUGGCUGAAACCUUAGAGAUAGGCAUUUUUAUUUGCAUAUUCUGUACUGAUGCAAAUGAAACGGAAUAUUUAAAACAAGCCACAGCUUCAUCAGACUACGAUAUAGAUGUUUAUAGAUGUAGCACACAGGUAACGUAACCUUCCUCUGCACUUUUACUGUAUUCGGGCUUAUUUUAAAGCAGCCUCGUUUUGCCUUUGUGAUUUCAAUUCGUUUGGCUUUCGGGAGGGUGUUUCUACUAUAUAGGAACUAAUUUUAAGUUUUAUAAAAAGCCAGUGAUCAGAAAGAUCCUGUAAACCGUACAGACGUGCGAACAAGCAUGGAUUCCAACCACAUUUCGUCCCAUGCAUUUUCAUGAGAUAGGAGUUUUUGCCUUGCAAAAUGCGAGCACCGACACUAAAGCGAGACGGACGCAUGUACACUCACCGUGCACUUUUUUUUUUUAUUAGGAACAAGUGUGCACGUACACAUUUAUGCAGUUAUCCAAUUCGCUACUUCAGUUAAUGUUUACAUCAUAAAUCGCAUGAUCGUUAGUGUCGGAUGUCGGAUUUUUUUUUUAAGGACUUCAGAGACUGCUGAUUUUUCUGAGAAUUUAAUCAGAAUGCUGGUAUGAGGUAUGAGCAGAGGGUCUGCAGGCUGAAACACCUCACUGAUGACAGAUCAGAGGAGAAUGACCGGACCGGUCUGCACUCAGUGAGUCAGGAAAGACGUAUAGUAGCUCAAAUGAUCACUCUUUACAACUGCACUGAGCUGAAAAGCAUCUCAGCAUGCACAUCACAGCAAACCUACAACAGUAGACGAAUCAGAGACCAUCUGUGGUCAGAAUAGAAAAAACAGCAGGUCUUUAUCAGACGUCUGGUUUUGGAGAGUCUGUGAAUAUGAUCGCCUCAGAUUUCUCUUCUUGGCUAACAGGAGUGGAAUCCAGACUGUCAACUUCAACGCUCAAUGUCUUGUGCACACUGAGAUGCUUUUCUGCUCACCAUGAUUUUCUAAAGAGUGAUUAAGUCACUACAUUCAUACUGAGCCUGAAUCAAUCUGCCCAUUUUCUUCUGAUGUCUCUUAUCAACAUGACGUUUCGUUGGAACUAAUUUUAAAUUUUAUAAAAAGCCAGUGAUCAGAAAGAUCCUGUAAACCGUACAGACGUGCGAACAAGCAUGGAGUCCAACCACAACAUGACGUUGGUGUGUUUUUUUUUUAAUACAUAAAUCUGUGUAAACUUUUAAAGACCGUCGUGUGAAAAUCUCAGGAGAUCCGCAGUUUCUGAAAUACUCACAAUACUCGCUGUGAAAAUGAACCGAAGCUCUUGAUUCGUAUCUGCAUGAGUUUAUGAAUUUUCCUGCCACAUGAUUGGCUGAUUAGAUUUACUGCAUAAAUGACCCGGUGUAUAGAUGUUCCUAAUAAACUGGUUAACGAGCGGAGACUUAAGAGGACACAGAUGAUUCAAGUCUAAAUAAAUGUAUAUUGGUAGCCUGAAAAAAAAAAAUCAAAGCUGUGUUCUCUCUGAUUUACAGAAGUGUGUGCACUUUGCAGCUAUAAGAAAUUAAGAUAUAUUUAUUUAUUAAAGAUGACUAUAAAAUAAUAACUCAAUUUUAAUUUAAUAAAAAGAAUAUUAAUAGAUAACAUUAGUGGUGGUUAUUUGUUACUGACUUAUUACUGGCUAAAUUAUAAAACUGAGUUUUAGCUACUAUGUCAGUGUUUGUAUUUUUUUUUUUUUUUUUUUUUUUUUUUUCAUGUUUCACAUGCAUUAAUGCCAUAAAGGUUGGUUUUGAUUGACAGGAUCUGUCUGUAACUUGUUAAUUUUGUCCCUCAUUUAUUUGCAGUUUUACUAUGUAAAAUAAAGAGUAUUCUGGCAAUGAAAAA